CGUAGCCGCUGCAGGACACGUGACUCGGUCAGUUGACAAGGCAAAACACGGGAGCAGCUCGGACGGACAGACAGGCGUAAUGGACCAUCAACGGGUUGACAGGGUGGCCAUUCUGUCCCCUCUGGAGGAGUCCAGUGCUGAGAUAAGCAGGGACAGCGGUGUCGUCUCCCAAAGUGCGAGCAGCUUGUCCAUGGUGAGCGAAAUCCUGAGCAGCGGUACGGUGUCGCAGAGCCCCAGCUUUGCUGCGGCGGCUAAUGUUGUCCUUCAGAGCCCGAGCCUCAACGAAAUACCCGAGUCCGAGACCACCGAGGAGGACGACGACGACGACGUCCUGAGACGAACCGCCCUCAGCUACUCUUCCUACAUCAGAGCGACAGCUGGAGACGAGAUCCUGAGUUUGGAAAAGAGCUUGGAAGAAAUGCUGACAAGAGUGGAUGAGUUUGUUGGAAUGCUGGAUAUGAUACGUAACGAUACCUCCCAGAUAGUCAGUGAAAGCCUACCUCAAAUCCAACAGAAGUCCAUUGAAAUGAGACAAAUAUACAGAAGAAUCGAUAAGUUAGAGGCCUUUGUAAAGAUGGUGGGAGCUAAUGUCAACGCGAUGGAAGAGCAAGUCACACAGGCAGAGGGUGAAAUAGGAACACUACCGGGUGCUUUUAAGAAAAUGUUCCGUACAAUGAGCGCCCCAGGCUUUUUAAAUAAACCUGCCGGCCCAAGAAGACCAGCAUCAAAUCAGCGCCAAGAGAUACCUAGUGUGUUUCAGACAGAUGAUUAUUUUAAGUCAAAGCCAGAACAGUGACACAAUGGAACAUUUCACACUUAACUUGGUUCUAGCCUUAGAGGCCUGUUUGGUGAGACGAUAAAGGCGAUUCUUACUGCCAUCAAAUGCAAGAGGAUACCUUGGUGCAGCGGCCUCAUCAAAGCAAUAGCAGACUUUCUGAACAAGUUACCAGACGUCAAGUUCGCAAAGACAUUAUGCGAGUGUCGUUUUCCAGGCAGCAUUGAGCACUGAACUGUAGCAAAUUGAUUUUUAAAGUGCCUGAACUGGUCUCUUUUCUGUCAGUCCUGUUUUCACUAAUGUAAGAUGUUUGGUUUGUGACAAAUCAGAUGGACAAACUCACCCCACUGGUACAGUGGAACAAGAUGUUAAGGUGUUAUAAUGUAUUACAUGAAGACAUUCCCCAGCUUUUUUAUAAAUUACUUUCCUUUUACUGUUUGUAAAAAUGUGCACGCUGUCAUAAAUGUGUCUGUACCAUUCAUGUUUGUCUCUCUCCCCUGGCAAUAUCAAUCUCUUCCAGUUGAAAGUCUUCCAUUUAAAAAUGUUACCCGUGUUGUUUGCCUGAUGUAACCUGCUAUCAAUUCCAAUUGGUAGAUAAGUCAGUUACUGCACACACUCAAAAAAGCACACUUUAAACAAGUCAGAAUAUUUGAUCAAACUUUAAAUCAAACUUUUGAUUAAGGAUAAAACUGUGAUUUGAGUUUAGAAACAAUCACUAGAGGACUUUGUCCUUGUGAGACAGCUGGACCUUUAGAGUUGCUAAAAGGUUUAUUAAUGAGGCCUGCAGUUAUCAUUUCAUACAUUAUUUGCCAAACUGUUCUGAGGUUGUUUUAUAUACUUGUUGCUUUUGAUUUACAUUUUUUAAAUAAUCAUUAAAAUCUUUGAGACAA